UAGGGACCCUGGAUGAUUUUAGAAGGCCUAUAUAAUUUGAGGACAGAGUGGUGCCUAGAAUGUCCACUUACUAUAUCUGCAGUGAAUACGGUGAUGAAUACCUCUCAUCUGCUACUUCUAUGUAUUUUUAUUUCCUUGUCCCAGUUGAGCAGUUUAGCCGCGAGAAUGUUAAAUGAUCAAACUGGUUUUGAUCAAAACUAUGCCAUUAGUUGGGGAAGAGAUCAUGUCAGGGUUCUCGAUAGGGGAAGCAGAGUUCAGCUGUCCAUGGACAAAUCCUCGGGCUCUGGAUUUAGUUCUAAACUGGCAUAUGAUUCAGGCUUCUUUGGUUUGUCUAUCAAAACGCCUGGCAAGGAUACUGCUGGAGUUGUUACAGCUUUCUACUUAGCCUCAAAUGCAAGAAGCCAUGAUGAGCUAGAUUUCGAGUUCAUGGGCAACAAAGAAGGCGAACCUGUAACUCUUCAGACAAACAUCUUUACCAAUGGCUACGGGAACAGAGAGCAAAGACUUCACUUGUGGUUUGACCCUUCAAAUGGCUUCCAUGAUUACAAAAUUUUAUGGAAUCCCUACCACAUUGUGUUUUUCGUAGACGACACCCCAGUCCGAAUUUUUCGUAAUCAGACAAAUAAAGGUUUUAAAUAUGUGUCACAACCUAUGAAUGUAAUUGCAAGUUUAUGGAAUGGUGAGGAUUGGGCUACAAACGGAGGGAAAGAUAAAAUCAAAUGGGGAAAAGAUCCAUUUAUCGCUGAAUUUCAGAGUUUUAAUGUUGAUGGUUGUUCCUCUAACGGAUCAAAUAAAUUACAGCAAUGUUCUUCUUCAAAUUUUUGGUGGAAUGUUGGGAUGUAUAAGGAGCUCACGCCUGCACAAGAAAUCGCAUAUCAGAAAGUGCAGAAAAGUUUAUCCUAUGAUUACUGUACAGAUAAAAAGAGGUUCUCUGUGAUGCCCCCUGAAUGCAAAUAUCAAUAAUAAUUAUGUGACUCAGAGUUACGUCUUAUAAACAAAUGUAACAAUUUAUAUUUCUCAAAGUAAAAAUAUAUUAGAUUUAUAUUUUCAAUA